AUGCAGCAGAGUGACGAUGUCUCCACAUCCGACGGCAGUGGGGGUGACGCCUCGGCCCCAGCUCCCAGGACGGAUCAUUCGCCGUCCACUAAGAUCCAGCGGGUCAAGGGGGUGAUGGCUGACUUGGAGAAGCAGCUGGCCCAACCAGAUCUGACACCACAACCAACACCGAUUAAAUCAACACCGAGACAAUCUACACCACUACCAUCACCGAGACCAACAUCAGCAAGACCACCAACACCACCACCAAAAACUGUUAACCUCCCAUCCUCUGUCCCACCUUCCCCGACCAAAGCAAAGACUCUGCCACCGCCUCCAAGAGCCCGCUCGUCAUCCCCCCAAAAGAGGGCCACAACCCCGGUGCACAAGGGGGAGACUCCCCCCCAAAAAGACUUUGCUACAUCGGGGAAGAGACUGAGAAGCCCCUCGGAGGAUGUCGACGGAAAGAGGCGGAAGGCAAAGCUCACCGAUAGCGCACAGAAGGCCAAAGACUUUGGCAGGAGGACAAUGACCCUAUGCGGAAACGCUACCAGCUCACUCCUGCAGCUUCCUGCCGUCUCCAGCUCACUUCUGCAGCUACCAGCAGUCUCCAGCUCACUUCUGCAGCUUCCAGCAAUCUCUGGCUCACUCCUGCAGAACUUCACUGACGUCCAGCGACCAGUUCCAACCUCCGGAUACCGUUCCCCCGGCUCACUCCUGCAGCGUUUCACUGACGUCCAGCGACCAGUUCCAACCUCCGGAUACUGUUCCCGAACAAACGACCUCUGUCGCCUUACCACCCACUGUUCACAAAUAAAGACACGAUUUCCAUCGUCUACAGCGGACCAUCUGCGUUUGUCAUCCUUCUUUGCUAUUGCCAACUCCUUGCCUUUGUGUCCCCUUUUUUAG